UCGGCCAUCUGUGCAGGGCUCGGCACUAUAGUAAUAGUCCGGCUGCGUUAGUAGCUGCUUUCGCUUUAUACGUGUGCCUCAUCGGUGCUGGACUAAAGCUGCAAACAUGAGGCUCAAAGCGGCGCUUGUUGCACUUUUUGCAUAUAUAGCUGUGAACGUGGACGCUACCAUUUACUUCAAGGAGCAGUUUCUGGACGGAGAUGACUGGACAAGCCGGUGGCUCGAGUCCAAGCACAAGUCAGACUAUGGCCUGUGGAAACUGAGCGCUGGGAAGUUCUAUGGGGACGCGGUGGCUGACAAAGGUCUCCAGACCAGCCAGGACGCCCACUUUUAUGCCCUGUCGGCUCGCUUUGAGCCCUUUAGCAACGAGGGAAAGCCACUUGUAGUUCAGUUUACUGUCAAACAUGAGCAGAAGAUUGAUUGCGGAGGCGGCUACAUCAAGAUCUUUCCUGCUGACCUUGAUCAGAAAGACAUGCAUGGAGACUCCCAGUACUACAUAAUGUUUGGACCGGACAUCUGUGGAUACAGCACAAAGAAGGUUCAUGUAAUUUUCAACUAUAAGGGCCAAAACCACCUUAUUAAGAAAGACAUCAAAUGCAAGGAUGAUGAGCUCACCCAUCUGUACACGCUGAUCCUGAAUCCAGACCAGACUUACGAGGUGAGAAUUGACAAUGAGAAGGUGGAGUCUGGCUCCCUGGAGGAUGACUGGGACAUGCUUCCACCAAAGAAGAUCAAAGACCCAGAAGCCAAGAAACCCAGUGACUGGGAUGACAGGGCCAAGAUUGAUGACCCCGAUGACUCCAAACCUGAGAACUGGGACAAACCAGAGACCAUCCCUGACCCUGAUGCCAAGAAACCUGUUGAUUGGGAUGAGGACAUGGAUGGAGAGUGGGAGCCUCCCAUGAUCACCAACCCAGAGUAUAAGGGAGAGUGGAAGCCCAAGCAGAUUGACAACUCUAACUACAAGGGAGUGUGGGUCCACCCAGAGAUCGACAACCCUGAGUACAACCAUGACUCCACAAUGUACAAGUUUGACAAUAUUGGAGUUCUGGGACUGGACCUGUGGCAGGUAAAAUCUGGAACCAUCUUUGACAACUUCCUCAUUACAAACGAUGUCAAAGAGGCAGAGGAAUUCGGGAAGGAGACCUGGGGCGUUACUAAGGGACCAGAGAAGAAGAUGAAGGAGGAGCAGGAGGACAUUGAGAGGAAACUGAGGGAGGAGGAGGAAAAGAACAAGAAGGCAGAUGCCGAAGAUGAAGAGGAAGACAAUGAGGAAGACGAUGAGGCAGAAGAUGAGGCAGAAGAGGGUGAACAGAAAGAGGAGGAGACGAAAGAAGAUGCAGAAGGCAAACACAAGGAUGAGCUGUAGACUGCUCCUACUAGUAGCCAAUGGACUCUGGCCUUUUACAGCAGCUUUUUAUUGGGGGGGGGCUAGGUGAUGUGGUCAAUUAAGAUUUAUUUUUUAUUAAUUCACUUGUUUUUUUUAGCCUUCAAAUAAGAGACAGUAGAAGAUUUGAAUGUUUUUUUUCUGCUUUAGUUGAAUGAUUUUUUAAUGUUUAGGAUUUACUGAUUUUCAAGGGUCGAUGUGGUUCAUGCACUAUUACUUUCCUGUUUGUAGUCCUGUUUUUGAAUUCACACUUUUAUAAUUUAUUCAAAUCAUUACAUCAAAAUUCUGAAAACACAAAACUCUUGUGCGUGUGCACUCCUGACUUUCUAUUCUGCAUAAUUGGCGUGGUGUUGGCGUGGUGUCCUUGCCUGUCACAGAUAAUAGAAUUUAAUUUGGAAAUGGGGAAAGUUCUAUUUACAAAUUGAUGAUAAACAUUUGAAAACAGAAUGUUCUAACUUCACGUAUUACUGUGGUAAUAUUAACUUAACUGUUAACUUAAAAUGUAGGUAACAGUUUCUGGCUAAGAGUCACUUUGACAGCGGAUGAGGGUGAGACCAGCUGGGCAAUAAAAUGUGUUCCGUGGUUUGGA